ACGUCCGAGGUGACCUCUGCUGCUACUGCUUCCGAGACUGUCGCAGCCGUGGCCGAGAACGCACCCAUCUACAUUGGGUAUCUCAAGGAGCUAGGCCUCAGUAGCCUGUUUCCCCCCGGCCUCGUCCAGUCCGGCAUCGAGGCCAUCGCUGUCACAACGGGUAUGCCCUGGUAUGCCUCGAUCAUCUGCGCCACGGUCGCUAUCCGAGUAGCCUUCUUCCCGCUGGUCGUCAAAACCCAGCGCUUCGCGGCACGCAUGCAAAACAUCAAGCAUCUGACCGACCCAGUCAACGCCGAGAUCACAGAGGCCCGCGCCGACAAGAACAUGGCCAAGCAGAUGGAGGCCACUCGCAGGCUGCAAAAGAUCUACAAGGACCACGGCAUCAACCCGCUGACGUCGCUCCUGGGUCUUGCCCAAGUGCCCGUCUUCAUCUCGUUUUUCCUUGGCAUUCGCGACAUGUGCAAUCUGCCGGUCCCCAGCUUCCGCACCGGCGGCGCCUACUGGUUUACCGAUCUGACUGUUGAGGAUCCGACUCAGAUACUGCCCAUGCUGGCUACUGCGGGUAUCAUCACUAGCUUUGGCGCUGCCUCGGCGACCGGCGCCACGCCCGUCUCGACCCCGCUCAUCAUCGGUAUCUCUGUCGUGUCGCUGCUGGCCUAUGGCGUCACCAAGAGCUUUCCCAUGGGCAUCUUCAUUUACUGGGUCACCUCCAGCGUCCUCACGAUCAUCCAGACCCUGGUGCUUCAGAACAAUGCUAUCCGUGCCGUGCUCAACAUUCCUCCCAUCACCCGCCCGGCAAGUUCCUCAACCACAACCUCGGGGAGUCUGAGCACCCUCGGCUCUGUAAAGCUCCUCCAGUCGGCCAAGGCCCAGCAAAAGAACAUCGAGGCUGCCAAGCGCAUCAAAGCUUCGUCGCAGGCCGCACAGCCCCGAAAGCGCAGCUAA